AUGAAGACUGACUAUAAGUUUUCCAACUUACUGGGGACAGUCUAUCGCAAGGGCAAUCUGCUCUUCACUCCCGAUGGCACCUGCUUGCUUUCGCCGGUAGGCAAUCGUGUCACGGUCUUUGAUCUUGUACACAACACAUCGUAUACUCUUCCUUUUGCGCACCGCAAAAACAUUGUUCGCCUUGAUCUCACACCACGAGGAAAUCUCUUGCUCACCGUCGAUGAAGAUGGGAAGGCCAUUUUGACCAAUUUCAAUCGGCGUAUUGCGAUUCACCAUUUCACCUUCAAGGGCAAAGUCUCCGCUCUGAAAUUCUCUCCCUCCGGUCGUCAUUUCGCCGUGGCUGUUGGUAGGCGGCUUCAGCUGUGGCAGACCCCGUCCACUCCCGGCACCGAAACCAAUGGCGAAAUAGAAUUUGCUCCUUUCGUGUUGCAUCGUGAAUUGACCGGCCAUUUCGACGAAGUUCAGAAUAUCGAGUGGUCGAGCGAUUCGCGCUUCCUGCUUACGGCAUCAAAGGAUUUGACGGCACGAGUAUGGAGCCUGGAUCCUGAGGAUGGCUUCGAGCCUACAACCUUGACAGGACACAGAUAUGGUGUCGUGGGUGCAUGGUUUGAUGCCAAUCAAGAGCUGAUCUACACUGUUAGUCAGGAUGGUGCUCUUUUCCGCUGGGAGUAUCUGACCAAGAAGGAUCUGGAGACGGGGGAGGAUAUCGCGUCGGCGCGCUGGCGGAUCACGAAAAAGAACUUCUUCAUGCAGAAUGACGCGAAAGUCAACUGUGCCACUUUCCACGCGAAGUCGAACUUACUGGUGGUUGGAUUCUCGAAUGGACUCUUUGGACUUUAUGAUUUGCCAGAAUUCAACACCAUCCAUCUCCUCAGUGUCUCUCAAAGCAAUAUCGAUGUUGUGACGAUUAACCAAUCAGGCGAGUGGCUCGCCUUUGGAUCGUCCAAAUUCGGUCAAUUGCUUGUGUGGGAAUGGCAGUCCGAGUCAUACAUCCUUAAACAGCAGGGCCAUCUUGACUCUAUGAACGCAAUUGCCUACUCUCCCGAUGGACAGAAGAUUGUCACUACCGCUGACGAUGGCAAGGUGAAGGUAUGGGAUGUGAAAUCGGGAUUCUGUAUCGUUACCUUCACGGAGCAUCAGAGCGGAGUGACUGCAUGCCAAUUUGCCAAAAAGGGCAAUGUGCUGUUCACAGCCUCUUUGGAUGGUUCCAUUCGUGCUUGGGAUCUCAUCAGAUAUCGCAAUUUCCGCACUUUCACUGCACCUACCCGCCUUUCCUUUUCCUCUUUGGCUGUUGACCCAAGUGGCGAAGUCGUGUGCGCCGGUUCCUUGGACGACUUCGACAUCCACGUGUGGUCUGUACAAACCGGACAAUAUCUCGACCAGCUCAAUGGUCAUGAGGCGCCUGUGUCCAGCCUUGCCUUUGCCGCCGAUGGUAACCAUCUGGUCAGCGGCAGUUGGGACCACACAGUUCGAGUGUGGAGCAUCUUUGGCCGUGCUCAGACCAGCGAGCCUCUCCAGCUCCAGUCCGAUGUGCUAAGCGUCUCCUUCCGGCCUGAUGGAUUGCAAAUCGCGGCCUCGACUCUGGAUGGUCAACUAUCCUUUUGGAAUGUCUUUGAAGCCGUUCAAGAAGGUGGCCUUGACGGACGUCGCGAUGUUUCCGGUGGGCGAAAACUCUCUGAUAGACGCACAGCCGCCAACUCCGCCGGGACUAAGUCUUUCAGUCGUAUCACCUACAGUGCGGAUGGCAGCUGUGUCCUCGCAGCUGGAAAUAGCAAAUAUAUCUGUCUGUACGACGUGACAACGGGAUCUCUCAUCAAAAAGUUUACUGUUUCAGUAAACACGUCCCUGGAUGGCACGCAAGAAUACCUGAACAGCGGCGACCUCACUGAAGCCGGCCCACGCGGUCUUAUUGACGAGUCAGGGGAGAUGUCGGACAAGGAAGACCGAAUUGAUCGAUCUCUUCCUGGCGCACACCGUGGGGAUCCUGGUGUUCGAAGUGUUCGUCCGGAGGUACGAGUGACGUCGGUAGAUUUCUCACCCAGCGGUCGCUCAUUCUGUGCGGCUUCGACUGAGGGUCUUCUCAUCUACAGUCUGGACACUGACUUUGUGUUUGAUCCCUUUGACCUGGAUAUCACCAUCACACCGUCGACCAUCCUUUCUACCCUGGACGCUGCCAAGACGGCCGCCGUAUCUGGUUCAUUGGAUGAUGACAACACUUUCCUGAAGGCUUUCAUCAUGGCCUUCCGUCUGAACGAAUCAAAGCUUCUACGGGCAGUCUACGAAGCCAUUCCACCAUCCGAUAUUCCACACGUGGUUAGGUCUGUACCUAGUGUUUAUCUGCCCCGCCUCCUACGCUUUGUUGCACAUGCGGCCGACGAAACUCCGCACUUGGAGUUCAAUCUCCUGUGGAUCGAGUCUCUUUUCAGCUCUCACGGUCGCUAUCUCAAAGACAAUUCCGGAACUUUUGCGCCGGAGCUGCGUGCGGUCCAGAGAGCCGUUGAUGAAAUCCGGGAAAAUCUUAAACGACUUACGGAGAAGAACGUUUAUGACCUGAAUUAUCUCCUCUCGAAGCCUGUUCUCGCCGACAAAAAACCACCAACAUCCCUGCUUACCCUCGACAAUGCUGAAGAGGAAGCUGACGAUCAGAUGGUUGCAGCGUCCGAUGAUGAGGAAGGUUCAUGGAUCGGUUUGGAAUGA